AUGGUCGCCGUCAGCGAGGCACGCGGUGGUGCCGACUCGCUUGUUCUUGAUAACAUCGUCCACCACGCUUCGCCGGAGCUGCUGGCGCACUUCGCGCAGUCCAUUGAGCACGGCAGCAGCGCGGUGGGUCGUGAGGUCGUCGCCGCGCACGUGGAAGGCAAACCCAAGGGCGCACUCACGUGCUACCGAUGUGGGCGACCAGGCCACAUCGCAGCCAACUGUCGCGCGCGAGUCGUGCACGAAGACGAGACACCCGCGGAGGGUGGAGGCGCCAGCAUGAUCCUUGCACUGACCGAGAAGCGCAGAGCGACCACGAAGAAGCGCAACAGGAGGAAGAAGGGCUCGCGCGGCAAGGACGCCGCAGCGACCAAUGUAAUAAGAGCCACGGACGGCACGAGCGGCCUCGUACUUGCGGCGACCGAUGCCACGGGCGUCGACCGAGGAGACUGGAUCCUCGAUAGCGGCGCGAGCCGGCAUCUUGUCAACGACGAGUCGCUGCUGCUCAAGUCGACGGCUUGCAGCCACGAGAUUGCAAUGGCAGACGGCGAGUCGCUUCACCUGAUGCGUGUCGGCAGCGUGCGCCUCGCGGUUUUUGCGCGCGGCGCUGAAGCGGUAGUGACGCUCACGGAUGUGUACUUGGCGCCACGACUGGCAAAGAACAUUGUGUCGUACGGCAAGCUCGCCAACAAAGGAUUUGCCCUAGUGCACUCCGGCGAAAGGCGCUCGCUCGCUCGGUGCAGAGAUGGUGCGGUCGCGUUCGAUGUCACAAUCGACAGCAACGUGCUGUAUGUCGUGACGAAGGCCACGCGCGACAAGGAAGGUGCAGGCGGAGACGCUAUCAUGGCGGCGCUCGAAGCGCAUGCAACGGAAACCAACGCCGAUGAGCCGCACGAAGCCUCGCUGUUGCACUGGCACCAGAGGCUCGGCCACCUUGCGUUCGACACGAUCGAACGCAUGGCGCGCGAUCCGGCAUCGGGCAUUCGGCUCAGCAACAACAAGCGUAUGGCGUGCGUGUCGUGCCUCGAGGGCAAGCAGACGCGCAACGCGCAGUCCCAACAAGACAGCGGCAAGCACUCGCCCAUCGAUCGCAUCGGCGGCGUCAUCUGUUCGGACCUGAAGGGUCCAAUGACGCCGCGGGACCGACUCGGCAAUCGUUACCUUGUGAACUUCGUUGAUCACAAGAGCAACUACUGCCGAGUCUUCCUCGCGCGCACGAAGGACGCUGCGGCGAGGCAGUUCGAGGCGUUCCUCGUCCACUUCGAGAAGCUUUUCGGGUUCAAGGUCCACGUGCUCCGCACGGACGGCGGCAGAGAAUACGCCAACGUGGACCUGUUCUGCGAGCGCACGGGCGUCGCGCGCCAAGUGUCGGAGGCGCGAAAUCAGGCCUCAAACGGCAAGGCGAACGAAUGCACCGGACAGUGCUGA